CAUAGGCUCUACUACUGGUUCCCAUGGAAACCGUACGAAAGCGAGGCUGCUGGUGUGGAGCUCGCUAGCAGGCGGAAGUGUUUCCGCUUUCCUCUGCUCGCCGUGAGUUAGAAACGGUCUUGCUAGCUGUUGUGACGACGCGGAAGAAGCGACAACACCACAGGAAAGACUAUUAUUCGCGAUAAAAAUAACAAAAUCAAUUGGAGGAUAGUCUGGCUAUUUGAGUCCAUGACCAGACAGUGAGAACGGAGAGGAGGGCUUGAAGGUAGCCUUUUCGUUGGUUAAGCCUUAGAGGACUGUAGAGUUUCCAGGGGAAAAGAUGAGUGAUGGAAUGGUAUUGUGUGAGACGAGAGCCCUGGCCUCCUCUUCCUCUCCAGUCCACAGGCUGGCUACGUCUGCAAUCCUCUUCCUCCUCCUCUCCCUGCUCCCCCACGGGCACGCAUCAGGAUGUGCGCAGCCGCUGGCUGUACAGCAUGGGGAUCUGGUGAACCAGACUGAGGCGAACCGAGGCUCCUUCCCCCCUGGUACCCUGCUGUCCUACGGCUGUGAUCCAGGCUACACCCCCGAUGGACCCACCACCAUCACCUGUACCACCGCUGGAACAUGGUCCCAACAACCUCCACGCUGCAUACACGCUGAUGUGUGUCCCCCCCCCACGGAGCCAGAGAACGGAGGGUACAGGUGCCACCCGUCCCCCUGCCCCCGCCUCACCCAGAAGACCGUGAUAGAGUACUUCUGUGACGAGGGCUACGCUCUGAAGGGGGACUACAAGUUCCUCACCUGUCAGAAUGGGGAGUGGGACGCACCCUUGCAGAUCACCUGCCGCCUCAGCCAAGAUAAGGAGCUGCGGUCUCCGUUGGCGAUGCCAGCGCUGUCCAUCGUAGCGUCCACAGCCUCCUCUGUGGCCCUCCUCCUGCUGUUGGUGGUGCUGUUUGUUCUGCUGCAGCCCAAACUCAAGUCCUUCCACCACAGCAGGCGUGAGCAGGGUGUAUCAGGCCAGCCAGCCUCCAUUGUGGUGGAGGGGCUCCAGGUAGCCCUCCCCUCCUAUGAGGAGGCAGUUUACGGUAGCGGAGGUGCCUCCCUCCCACCGCCUCCAGAGUCCCGGGUCCAGAUCGUCCUGUCUGCGGGGCCCCAGGGGGCCGAGGGGCCCAGCAGUAGGUCUCAGUCCCACCAUCACAGAGAGCUGUGCCUCCCCUCCACCUCCUCCUCCUCCCCUUCAUCCUCCCGUCGCGCAGAGACCGUACUAGUCCACCAGGCCCCCUCCUGCUCCUCCUCCUCUUCGUCGUCGUGGGUUACGGAGCACGGAGGAGGUGCGUGUGGUGGUGUCGCGCCCCUGGUCACUCUGGCUAGACGUAGAGACUCCGAGAGCAGCGACCAGCACAGCCUGCUUUCUGUCACCUCCGUAGACGACUUCUCUGAUGAUAUCCCCCUGUUAAAGGAAGCCUGAAGCCCCUGCAGAAGCACCACUCCCCCUUACAGCUGACCAGGAAACACUGAGGCUUCUGCUGGGGCCUUCUACCUGAACUAUACCACCCUACCCUACAGCUGACCAGGAAACACUGAGGCUUCUGCUGGGGCCUUCUACCUGAACUAUACCACCCUACCCUACAGCUCUGAACCACAGAACUACAAAAUUACCCAGCGUAGCAAAAACAGGAAUCAUGUCAAAGAAACUCAACCUCCCUCCACGUCUGCAACUUCUCACACGGCUCAAAGACGAGCAGAGUCCAACUUCACCCCCAACUAUUACCAACCAUGCACAGAAAUUAGACAAACCAUUUCCAUCACCAGUAUCCUCUCCCCAUGUCCUGGCUACCCUUUUGCAAUCAUCUCUAAACUACCACCCAUGUGCAGAAAAGACAAGACUGCUCUCUUUCUCUCUUACUGAGAGCUAACGAGCCCUUAAUACCUACUGGUCCCCUCAGCUUCAGAAUGGACCACAACACAGGCAGACAGGCAGGCAUCAAGUGGUUUCAGCUGAAUAUAGAUACAUAUGUAUAAAAGCAUACAUACUCAGAGUCCAGGUUUGGUACUGUCUGUCUGUGUCACUAUGUACACAGCAGAGUCCAGGUUUGGUACUGUCUGUCUGUGUCACUGUGUACACAGCAGAGUCCAGGUUUGGUACUGUCUGUCUGUCUUACUAUGUACACAGCAGAGUCCAGGUUUGGUACUGUCUGUCUGUCUUACUAUGUACACAGCAGAGUCCAGGUUUGGUACUGUCUGUCUGUGUCUUACUAUGUACACAGCAGAGUCCAGGUUUGGUACUGUCUGUCUGUCUCACUAUGUACACAGCAGAGUCCAGGUUUGGUACUGUCUGUCUGUGUCACUAUGUACACAGCAGAGUCCAGGUUUGGUACUGUCUGUCUGUCUCACUAUGUACACAGCAGAGUCCAGGUUUGGUACUGUCUGUCUGUGUCUUACUAUGUACACAGCAGAGUCCAGGUUUGGUACUGUCUGUCUGUGUCACUGUGUACACAGCAGAGUCCAGGUUUGGUACUGUCUGUCUGUCUCACUAUGUACACAGCAGAGCCAUUUAUGUAUAUCUCUGUUACACAGAACACACGUCUCUCUAGGCCUGCACCUAAUCAACCACACUCCCAAAGGCUUUAUCUCCAACUGCAAGGUUAGUGGAAAACAUAAUGAUGUUUUUAUCACUGCUGCUGAUGGUGAUGAUGACUGUGGAUACAGAUUUGAACUUGUGCAUCUCCUUACUCUAAUGAGAUAAAGAGUAUCUCUCUUCAGUGAGGACUGUCUUGGUUUGGGCCUGGGCUUUGUUCGCUGGCGUAUGCUGCAUGUUCUCUCUCUCUCUCUCUCUCACUACGAUGACGUCCUGCUGCCCACGCGGUAACCCCUGUCUGUCCACUCUGAAUGAAGCUAAGCAUGAAGUCCCUCUCCAACUCUGCUGCCACUCUGGCGUCUCCAAGUAGGGCAUUGUCUUGGGUCAGACAGCGCCACUUUUGUCUAGUGUUUCGUAGGAGUGAGGCCACCUGUCAGAAGACAAUGCACAUGGGAUGGAUUGAGCACGUCACCAGAGCCAGCAGCAGGUUGUAAACAGACAGGCUUGCCCAGACAGUACUGUAUCAUGAUAAGAAGAUUAAUGACACGCUUGCCUUUUUUCUGUUCAUCACAACAACCGAUAUCUGUUAUGUCUUCUGCUUCCUCAUUGAUGUGACUAUCUGGGGUGUUGUUCUGUUUUAGUGGCUACAGUAUCUUCUAGACACGUGUGUGUGUGUGUGUGUGUGUGUGUGUGUGUGUGUGUGUGUGUGUGUGUGUGUGUGUGUGUGUGUGUGUGUGUGUGUAUUUGACCAUGGAACUGAACAACACAUCAUGACUGUUUCAUGAAUGAAGAGGGUUACGCUAUAAUGUCAAAUUAACUAAGGCCUUGUUUUGUUCAAAGCGGGGGAGUUUGUAUUUUUUCAUGACGAAAACAUGUUGAUUUUUGUGUUUGGUGACUGCGCAUUGGGUAAUAUAUAUUUGUUUUUCCAAUCUAUUUAUUGUGUGUGUGUGUGUGUGUGUGUGUGUGGGGGGGGGGCAGGUUGGUUUCACAAGGACUGGAAUAUCGUCCAUUUUCUGCAGAGCUGCUUCAAAACUGUUAGUAACCUUGUAGAUCUGCAUCUUUAAAAAGCUGAAAAUCCUUGCUCAAAACCAGCGCAUUGUAAACAACCAUUUUUCUUUUGUUUUAAAUGUUUGUUUUAAAUGUUCAGUUCAAAUUUGAAUGAGCACAGCUUUAAUUUAUCUCUGGUAUGUGAUGAAAGCAGUUCAUAAGCAUUUGGGAGUUGAGGUCAUCACCCUAGCCCAUUAGUUUCAGACAGGGUCUGAGUUGGCUGUUUGAACUACUUUUUCCACAUUCAAUUAUUAUAUAUAUCUAUAUUUUUUUUGUGACUGUCUGUCCACCUGUCAUUGUCAAUUACUUCAUAAACGCAAGCAGAGAAUGUUGCCUUUCAUUACUUAGAUUUUGUUUGUAAUUGCAUCGCAAGAUUCCUCCAUCUUUACCUGCUUUACGAUGUUGAAACGUCUUCAGUGUUUCCCAGUGGCCUUACUUUUGACUUUACUAGUCAUACAACUGUCUUGUGUAUUUUUCAAUGUGUUUUAUUUUUGUUUUUGGAUGUGAUUUUAAAGAAAGUCCAUCCUCUUCUCUCUGUCCUCCCCAAGGCUUCUUCAGCAACUGUGGUAUUCAAAAGCCUAAGCACCUAAAACAAAUACUUUUUUUUCUGUCUGUAAGAAAUUGUAAAUGUUGCAUUGAAGUGUAAAAAAAAUAAGUUUUGAACCAUUUUUCUGGCGUCCAGACCACUGUUCUACGGUGUUGUUUCCUAGAAAAUAAUGUCCAUCUCUUGAUUCUGCAUUUCAAUGAUUUGAUGUUUUGGUUUUCCUCUGUACAUUGCAAUGGGCGUGAAGAUAGUAUUUUAAUAUUUGUAUAAAGUUUAAUUUAAUUCUACCAUGUGUAUAUAAUUAUUUCUAAUUAAAGCUUUCUUUUGAAAUGUG